AUGAAGCGCACUGGAGGUGGCGCAGCCGAGCUUGCCAGCAUUGUCGGCUUUAGAUUAAAGAUUAGUGCCGGUGAUGGGCGGGCUAGACUUCGCUGCUUGCGAUCAAAAUUUAAGGGGGGAAAUCAUUUCCUGAAUAGUGCCUGCAUUAUCCACCCCGCUUCCAAGCAACAUAAACAGACCACGCCGGCGUGUUGUGAGAACCAUGGCUCUGACAUGGAACGGUUCUCAAACAUAGAAGACCGACGCGUAGAAGCGGAGAUGACAGGAGCCCAAGCACUAGCAAAGAUUGCUGAAGCAUUGCUGUCAGUUGGCGAUGCACUUAAAGAAAUAGCUAGGAAGAUGCCAGAACCUUGA